CUCGGUUGGGAAAGUUGCCCGGGGACCGAAGGGCGGACGGAGGUUGCGCCGGAGCAAUUCCACGCAGGAGAGCGGCGCGAAGGGAUUUUGCUCCGCUGCCUGCAACGGGAACGGCCGAGCAAAGGCAGGCGCGGCGAGGGCGGACGGGGCACUUCAGCGUCCGACUCGAGCCAGGCAGGGGAGAUGCUGCUGCUGCUGCUGCUGCUGCUGCUGCCGCCGUCGCCGCCGCCGCCGCCGCCAGCGAUGAGGCAGAGGAGGGUCACGGAUUCCGCCGCCUUCGCCGCCUCCGGCAACGGCGGGAAGAGGAACGGGAAGGGGAUCUGAAACUUUCCAGUGGGAUGCUGCUGAGCGGAGCCGGGCUCCCCCCGCUGCUGCCGCCGCCUUAACCUCCCGCUUCGCUCGCUUUCCCUCAGGCGCCCAGGCGCGCUCGGAGCCUGUUCCGUUGCCGGAGCUCGGCGCCCUCGGAUGCCGCCUCUCCAGCUGCUUCUCUGUGGCCGGCGGGGAUUGUGGGCUCGGCUUUUCCCUCCGCCUGCAGGGGCGCGGCUGAUCACUCGCCCUACCCGGUGGCGGUGAGGCUGAGGGGGGCUCGGCCCGAGCGGCGAUCGCGGGCGGAUAAACUCGCCCCCGCCGCCAGGAGGCUUUGGCCGCGGCUGCCGGUCCCCUCUCGCGGGAUUCCCUGCCUUUCUCGGAUGUGCUUGUAGUCCUUGGUCGCGAUUAUGAAACCCGCCGCGGGGAUUCCCUCCUAGUGAGCCCCGUCCGGCCAAGCCGCGAGGAGCUGCCUCGCCUCCCUCUCGCCCACAGCCUCCGCUCCCCCAACCGAGGACCUAUCCUCAGCCGCCCCGGCUCGCCAUGGGGCUGGAGGUCCCGCCGAGAGUCCCUCCUUCGAAGCCUCCGCUCUCCAAACUGAGGAAAGUUCGCAAGAGGCGGGAGAUGCUGCUGCAACAGCUGGGCUUCGUCUGCACGAUCCUCUUUUUUGUUUGGUGCAUGGCCAAGCUAGGACAAGAGUCAGCUGUUGAAAACCAAAGUGUUCUGUCAGAAUUAUGGAGAAAUAGAAAAUUGAUGGCGUCACAUAAUGAGUCACACAAAAAGAACUGCACAGAGCCAGCAAUUCAUGAAUUUCCUCAGGAUUUAUUCAAAAACAAAGAAAGACAGCAAGGAGCAAUAUUGCUUCAUAUUCUUGGUGCUCUGUAUAUGUUCUAUGCCUUGGCUAUUGUAUGCGAUGAUUUCUUUGUCCCAUCUUUAGAAAAAAUUUGUGAGAAACUACAUCUGAGCGCAGAUGUUGCAGGAGCCACAUUCAUGGCUGCUGGAAGUUCAACCCCCGAAUUAUUUGCAUCAGUCAUAGGUGUGUUUAUCACUCAUGGUGAUGUAGGAGUUGGAACCAUUGUUGGUUCUGCUGUUUUCAAUAUUCUCUGCAUUAUUGGUGUCUGUGGAAUCUUUGCUGGGCAGGUGGUCCAUCUCACUUGGUGGUCUGUGUGCAGGGAUUCUGUCUACUACACUGUGUCUGUAGUAGUGCUUAUUGUGUUUAUAUAUGAUGAGAAAAUUGUAUGGUGGGAAAGCCUUAUACUCAUCAUUAUGUAUUUCUUCUAUAUACUUAUCAUGAAAUUCAAUAUGAAGAUGCAGAACUUCUUUACUAUCAAAAGUAUGAAUGUUGGUAAUGGCAACACUGUGAACAGUGAACUGGAAGAUGGUAAUAAAUAUUAUGACAUUAGCCGUGAUGAUCCAUCCAUACCAUUGCUAUGGAAAGUGAAAGGAAUACAAGAGCAUGGACGCAAUUCUGUGGUGAUGGUCGAUGAGAUUAUUUGUUCCAGUCCUCCGAAAUACCGUUUCCCUGAAGCUGGCUUGCGAAUAAUGAUUACCAAUAAAUUUGGGCCAAGAACCAGACUACGGAUGGCAAGCAGGUUAAUUAUUAAUGAGCGUCAGCGUCUAAUUCAUUCUUCCAAAGGCCAGUUGAUUCAGAAUGGAAGACAUGAGAAUAUUGAAAACGGGGCCAUCCAUGCUGACAACCAAGAAGAAGCAGUACACAUUGCCCUGUCUCCAUUUUCACCACCAGAAGGAAAAAUGGAAAAACUCAAAUGGAUCCUGACCUGGCCACUGAUAUUUCUCCUCUUUUUCACCAUCCCAAACUGCAGCAAGCCACGCUGGGAAAAAUUUUUCAUGGUGACAUUUCUCUUUUCCACAUUAUGGAUUGCUUUGUUUUCCUACUUUAUGGUGUGGAUGGUCACAGUGAUUGGUUACACUCUAGGGAUUCCUGAUGUUAUCAUGGGCAUUACUUUCCUAGCUGCAGGAACUAGUGUACCAGACUGCAUGGCCAGUUUAAUAGUAGCAAGGCAAGGAUUAGGUGACAUGGCAGUGUCCAAUACAAUUGGAAGCAAUGUAUUUGACAUUCUUGUGGGGCUUGGAAUACCAUGGGGCUUACAGACUAUGGUGGUUCAUUAUGGCUCAUAUGUUAAGAUAAACAGCAAAGGACUACUUUAUUCUGUUGUGCUUCUCCUGGGUUCUGUAGCUCUUACUGUUGGCGGGAUCCACUUAAAUAAAUGGAAACUUGAUAAGAAAUUGGGCAUCUAUGUGCUCACGCUCUAUGCCAUUUUCUUGUGUUUCUCAGUACUGAUAGAGUUUAAUGUCUUCACUUUUGUCAACUUCCCAAUGUGCCGACAAGAUGACUGAGAAGUAAAGCCAAUACAUGCCAUUUGGAUCUAUUUUGCUAUAAAUGUCAGGAGACAUUUUUACACUUCAACUCCAAAACUCAAUGUCUCCCCUGCUUCAUUAAUCUAGAAGCAAUUUACCUGGGAGGAAAGAACAUAUUUCUUUGACAACACACAAGCUCAAGUCUACUAAAGCUUUGUCACCUGUUCCUCCUCCUCCUCUUUCUUCUUCAGGUACCCUCAUUCAGCUGUACUUCAUGCAGCUUUGUAUGAGAUUUUAAAGGAUGGUUUCAGUUUCCGCUCUGGUUCGAGCAUCAUCAAUCUCAAACUGACAUCAAGUCUGCCAUGGAAACACAUUUUCCAUUUGAUGGCAGAUGGGUCUUCAAAGAAGAGGAAAAGAGAGUAGAUUCAAGAUUCUACUUUGGCUCAUUUCAAAGAUCUCAGCUAUGAGCUUGUCAUGUACUUACAUGCAUAUAUGCAUGAACAACCUUGGUUUUCCUUCUUUAAAUGCUCUAUUUAUACAGACGUUUCAACGAUGCUGAUGAGAUCAUCUUCAAUAGUAACUUAUCAUCUUUUUAAAAUGUUUUUGAAAGCUAGAACAAUUUUACUAAGAAAAAGAUGGAAAAUGAUAAUAUAGUACUAUGAUCAUUUAAUUCUAAAAAUCAUGGAACUUAAAAUUUGGCAAACUGGAUAAAUAUCUGUGCUUGAAAAAGAUCAUUUUUUUCUACAGUCAAUGAAGAACAGUGGAUAAUAUCUAGAAUACAUAUGGAAUAUUAAGUUGACAAGUUAGAAAAUUGCACCAGCACCAGUAAGUGCAUACUCUAAUCUUAGAGGAAAAUGGAAAACCUUGGGCACUUAAUAAUUGAUUGUGAUGGUAAUGAUCUAAGGAGAAAGUGUAUAAUUGAGAUGCCUUCCGACUCUUCAUAAAUGAACUAUGAAUUUGGAGGUAUAUCUAUCUAUCUAUCUAUCUAUCUAUCUAUCUAUCUAUCUAUCUAUCUAUCUAUCUAUCUAUCUAUCUAUCUGCUUGCGUGCACACAUGUGCACACACACCAAACAAUAAUUGUACAAUCCCCAGUUUUAUCUUUUUUUUAAAUCAGAAAGGUGGAUUGCAUGAAAACUGGCUGGCAGAAUAUGGAAAAAAGUCUGCUAGUUUUUGGAAACCUAGUAUCUGCAUGUACAUUGAGAUAAUUAUAGAACGUGGUUCAAUGUGCACAGAUGUUCUACUGAGGUGUGUGAAUAAGAUAUGAUUCAAUGCAAAUGCUUCAAUUAUUUCAGAAGAUAUAUUUGAUUCAGACACCUAAAUCAAUUCAAAUAGAACCUCCAAUUGGAAUGGACUCUAUUAGGACCAAUUCAGGCCUUAAAGUGCAUCUGCACAUGUGAAGAAAAUACCCAAUUAAUGUGAAUUGAUUUAGAUGUAUUUUAUUUAUGCUCCUUCAAUUCACUGAGUUAAUCUGAUGCUUUGAAUCAGUAUGGAUUGAUUCUCAAAGCACUGAGUAUUUGCACAGGUCAUUUCCCUCAUAACUUACUUGAAUCCCCUUUUGGUCAAAAGCUCAGUCUUUCAUCAAGCCUUGACAAUCUCGAGUCAGCUGAUCCUGGGAACUCUUGCGUAUUUCACUAUUUUUCCAGUAAAAUGUUUGAGACAAAACUAAUCUGAAAAUUUUCACUUUAAGAAAUCUCCAACCGCAUGGAAAGAAACAAAAAAUCAGAAUAUCUACAAGAAUGUAAUAACAAUCAUUGCUAUUACGUUGUCAAUAUCUCUGAGUUAACUUCUUAGUUUGCUAGAGCCAUAAUCUGUUUUUUUUCCCCCAUAUCACUAGUGAAUAUCACAAAUAAAAUAUAUUUGGGGAUUUAUGAAUAUAAUGGAAAGGAAAAUUCAGUCUGUAAAAUAUAAAUUUCAGAAGAUUUGAGAUAGGAUAAAUCCCAUUUCUCUUUCUAUAUUCCUCUUGGAAAAACCUGACACAAGGACAUGAACUUUCCCAAGAUUUACCCACUGCCUCAAUUUGUAAGUUUCAUGAGAAAUACCAAAAGUUGAAAUGGAAACCACAGACAUGUCUUAUUGUUAAUUCUAAGAUUCCAUUUUAUUCAUCACAAACAUUACCACUUUUCAAACGUUAUUAAAAUGCUGAAGAAUGCAGAGAUUUCUAGAAGCACAGGUUACCUUUGUACAUAAUUUAUUUUUUUUUAAUCUUCUUUGCUACAUAAAAUAUAAUGAAUGGCUGAAAAAUUUGAAUUUAAACCAUAUUAAAUAUAUUUUUGCAUGCAUAACAAAGAGCAGAGCAUUGCACUUAUGUCAGAACAGUUUUUCACAAGGAAUUUAAAAAUGUGUAUAAUCACUUACAGUUUAUUGAGUAUGGGACAUAGUCCCGUAGAUUAACAAUAUCUCUAUUCACAAAUCAUGCUGUUCCCAGUAUGAAUCCCUAAGCAUUCAACUCAAGCUGCUACAGUUUAAUAUUUCUCCCAGAGCUCAAAUUUUAUUUUAUCCCAUGCUGCCUAAUUCACACACUAACCAAUAUUUUAUUAUUUAAAUCACAAACAAUUGGAUUCAUACAACAAAUUAGACAGUCGUAAACAAAGGAAAUUCCAGGUGGUUGAAUUUACACUAAGCCAAAAACCAUACAAAUUCACAUAACAAUAUAAGGUAAUGAAGCCAAGCUCAAUGUGAUCUCAAUAUCAUGAGUUCACAGUAAUUACAGGAAUACUUCUUGAAAAAAAGGGAGAAUGUGAAAGAGAAAAAAAAGCUUGCCUUUAAAUGCCUUGCUCUCUGAUAAAAUGCAGAUAAAUUUAGUAAUAGGCAUCAAAGAGAAUGUUAUAUAAUCCUUAGUCUCUUGUCUGAUGCAUAAAUGAGCCAUGAGAUUCGAUUCAUUUAAUCACAAACAGAAGAAUUCUCAAGGGAACCCAAUCUUAGGGUUAUUUCACACGAGAUGUCUUUGCUACAGUAGCAAAAAAAAGCCAGUCUUCCAUAAGGUGGAAUUAUGAAGAGCACAUUUAUAUAUGCAUAGCUUCAGCCUAUGACAAUAUUUCUUUAUACCUGGCUAUCACAGUCACAUGGUUAGGGGUAUUCCUAACAAUGUGUGAAAUUGCUCAACAUUUAGUUGCAAAAUGGUGAGAUGUUUUAUAAUCAAAUUUGUGUAUGUAUAUCUGAAGCAGACCAGAGGCUGCGUUACAUAUCUGUACAAGUAUUGGGAGAGAGGUUCAAGGGCAUUUUUUUUGGCACUCAUACCUUUUGAUUUAUUUAUUCCCAUACUUCUAUAGAUGUUAUGCAUUCAAAUUGCCCAGAAUCAUAUGAUAUUAAAAAUGUUGUGUAAAUAUGAUUAUUUUGCAAAAGAAAUGCUGUUAAUUGAUAUAAAACAUUCACCAUUCAUUCCAAAUAGAAUUUUAUGCAAAGGGAAAAAUUCUGAAUCUUCUUUUACUCUCUGUAAUUAAUAUCAGUAUUGAUAGGGAUAGUAACUGAAACCCACAAAUCAGCUUUAGUAUAGCAACAGGUGUCUGAAGAAUUUUCUUCUUCCUAAGAUUGGCACAAGCAAGGCAGAAAUGAACAUACUUUGCCUAGAAAAAUAACAGGCAAGGAUUUUUUCCCCCUAGGAGCCAGUAAAUGGCCACUUACAUCAGGUUUAAGAAUGGAUACAAUCCUGUCUGAUACAAAGUAAGCAACUCUGUAAAUAUAAUUCCUAUAAUUCCUAGGAAAAGCAUUGCUGAGCAUUUUUCAUUGUCAGCAUAUCUUACACAAGGGGACAACAGUCUUCCUGAACAGAAUGUAUAAGCAUUUGAAUAGUUAUACUGCGCUGUAUCUGAGGUCAUAGGUGAGACUACAAUACCUCUGUCUUUUUCUUUGAUUGGAUAAAUUAUUAUAAACACUGUAAUGCCCCAAAUAUUCCUUAUUUGCAAAAUUGAGGUUUUGCACACUAGCAUUAGAGGAAACUUCUAAACAAUAUUUAACCUUGAGUAAUUCACUUUCUGUUUCAUAUUUUUUUGUGAAAGCCAUAACAAGACUGAAUAGUGAAAACAUGUUAUACAAAAAGAUGUGUAAUAUUCUUGUGCAGUUCCUUCAUCAUAUUAGAAAAUGAAAGAUGUGGGUUUUUUGCCUGCUUCUUUCCUUGGAUUUCAUAAGCCUAAUAAUACCCUAGCAAGCUACAAAUUCUAGGCAUAAAUCUUAUCUAGUGGUGGCAAAAUGACACAGAAAUCUUUGCACUUUAAGAAAUCUUAGUUUACAGAGUUGGAAGGGAUCUUGGAGGUCUUCUAGUCCAAUCCGCUGCUCAAGCAGGAGACAUUAUAUCAUUUCAGACAAAUGGCUGUCCAAUCUUUCCUUAAAAGCCUCCAGUGAUGAAGCACCCACAACUUCUGACGGCAAGCCAUUCCACUGGUUAAUUGUUCUCACCGUCAGAAAAUUUCUCCUUAGUUCUAGUUUGGAUUACAAAACUUUAUUGCCCACAGAUGUUGAUUUGUACCUGGUCUGUUAUAUUGCUGAUUCCUUUUAGAGUUUAGACACAUAGCAAUACAGUUAGCUUGAUCUUAUAUAAUUAUAUUUGUCAUGUCUUUAAAUAUAAAACCAUUGAGGUGAGUAAUGCUCACCUGUCUGCUUGGCACAUAGUAUCUUGAACUAAGGUAUAUUCAAGAGACAGCCUCUGCUUCAAGAACUCCAGCAACUGAGAGCUCACCAACCUUCUAAAUAAUUGAUUCAGUUGCCAAACUACUUUCAUUCUCAUUAGUCCCCUCAAUACAUUUUAUUCCUCCUUCACAUCUGCAUACGAUUUGCCAAGUUGAAAAGAUAUACAACAGUGAAGAAAAGUACAUAUGGUAAUUUUCUUCUUUAGUUCUCAGAAUAAAUUAUGUGAUUACAAACAAUCCAUACGAUUAAGACCAUUGUGAGCUUUUGGAAAUGCCAAGUAUAGCCAUAUUUUUCAAAUAGUUUGUCAAGAAUUUCCAAGUCGGUCUCAAAUUCUUGCUUUGCAUUUUUUAUGCAAUUAGUGAUCUAAAAAUGAAAUAUAAUACAUACUGACUUUUUUUCCUGUCAACACAAUGUAAUACCAAAACUUUUGCUGCACUUUCUCUCACAAACCAUAAAGAACUUGUUUUACUUGCAAUAAAGACAAACUCGUCAAUGGAUGAACUUAUUACAGAAAGCUCACUGUUCAAUGAAACCAUAUUCAUUUCACCAUAUUGUUAAUUAAAUUAUGGCCCUAUUACUCUAAAUAUUCAAUAGCACAGAAUUCAGAUAUUUUUAUUCCUCUCAUCCUUGACAGUUUUCUAAGAAAACAGAUAUCCUGUUGUUAUUGUCUCCAGUACGUGGAAUGUUGUUUAGUUUUUUUCCCCUUUCUCUAAUUUCCUUUCAGAAAUGUAUAUCCUUCCAUAUCAGUUUCAAGGCAGUUAUUAGAAUAGAUACAUUAAGAAGUAAUUUCAACAGAAUCAAAAUGGGACAAAAUAAAAAUCUGUGCAUUAAGGAAGGGAAAUUGUCUCUCAAGCCACUUCAAUUCUCUCUUUAAAAAAACCUUCACCUAACAGUAUGUUUCCUCCCUCAGCUAUCUUAAAAUAAUCAGCAAAGCAAAAUGCUUUGUGCUGUUAUUUUAUGUUGAAAAUUGCUGCUAGAGGCCUGACUCUAAUCUUUCAUUUGGAAAUUGUCCUCAAAUUCUAAGAACAUCAAACUUGGACAAGUACUGCAAGACCAAACUUUGCUUUUAUGGUGGUGUUUCUUUUCCUGACUUGUGAUGAUCUGCCUUCUGAUCCUGGAUUGCAAGUCAGCUUGUAAGAGAGUUGGUCCACUUAUCAUUUGAUCAGUUUUUCUACUUAUUUAUCGUUUGGUGUCAUACCAAGUUUCUUUUUAUAUUAUUUCUAAUAUUCAUGAUAACAUCCAAGCAACAACUUUCUCAAUUUUAUUUAUGAUUUGAGUUCUGCUUUGCUUUGCUUCUUGAAGAAGCAUUCAUAGUGGCUAAUAAAAAUAAAAUAUAAUGUAAAGCUUGUUCAGUGGCUUUUAAAACACAAAAUUAUGAAAAGAUUUCCAUUUAUAUAUUUUUAAAAAUCAUUUUGAUACUGGCUGUGCUUCAGAAAGCUGUAUUUAUUUUACUAAAAUCCACCCAUUGGGAAUAUUACAAUUGGCACUUGUCUUUAUUGCUUCUUUUUAAUGUUCAGUUACUUGUCAUGUUUGAUCAAAAUGAAGAUAUUAGAUUUCUGUAGACCUUUGGAUUAGUAUUUAAUUAUAAAUACUGUCUUAAGUGUUUAUAUUAAUGCAAGAAAUACUUUUAAGCAGAAGAUGAAUGUUUGUACCCAUGUGAACCAAAGACCCUAUUAAAAUUACAGCACCUUAAAAUUUAAAUUGUACAGGGCUUCCUUUUGCUCCUUCAUUUCCAAGCGAUCUCAAACUGUGUGAUUGCCAUAUUUAAAGGUGGUAGAAUUUGUGCAGCCUGAACUUUAGUAAAAUAGUGGAUUGCAUACAGGCACACUGUAAAUCAGGUUAGGGCUAGGCUCUCAUAAUCCACAGAGUUAGCUGUUUUGAAUUCAAUUGUUUUAGCUGGUUUAAAUUUAAAUCUAGAUAAUAACUCAACAUAUAAAAGCUAAGUAGUUUCAGCUUUGAUGUUUGUGCCAUUUAACUUCAACAGAGCAAAACAAAAGGAAACAAGAUCUAAACUACUGAUCUAGAAAAAUCUAGCAAGAAAAUAAUAUAUGCAGCUCAGUUGUCUUAAAAAUGCCAUGUUUGGGUAGUUGCAUGUAAUCUCUAAACCUCUAAACAGCAGAGAUUAAUUUCAUGCUAUCAGAGAAUCCUUAAUAUAUUAACAAAUCCAGCAAUGAAUCUCAACCCAUUUUCAGAUAUUUGGAAUUGGGAGGCAGAAGGAUGGCUGAUGGGAGAAGGGGGUUGUAGGGUGUGAGAAGGGCCCUAAUAUGUUGUGAACAAAGAAUGUUAAAUAAAGUAAUAAAUCUUAAACUUAAUUUGAAAAAUCAUGAGCUGUCUUAGUAAACUUAUUCUAUACUGAGAAAAAUAUUAUAUUCUCUGCAUUUUUAAUAGCUGCCUGCCAAGCGCAGGCACUAAGAAAGACCCCCUUUAAGGCAUUUUAUGUAUAAAUAAAUAUUCUGUCCCAGUACGAGCCUUAAGGUUGAACUUGAUAGCGAGCCCAAUUUCCGACAUCAGAAAAGAAGAAGGGGAAUUAUUUACAUAUAUUCUCAUCUAAUCAAAACCCUUUCUGCAAACCUGAAAGGAAAUUGUGGAUAACCUGUAAUUCUAAGAUCACCAUUGUUAGAAGAAUAAUUCUAACACCUUCUUGAGAAUUUCUGACUAGAAGGGCACCCUAAUUUUCCCGCAGCUGCACAUUAGAUGGAAAGUAGACUGGUAAUAGAGAACCAACAAUUCUCAGGGAAGUUUGCACUAUGUAUUUUUUCCAAUAUUUUAAUUUGCUCUUCUGAAACUUACAUCAAAUAAACUUCUGAAGAAUCCUUGCUUUUGUGGAAGAUUGUUUAAAAACCACAGCCCAAGAACAAAGAUGUCAUGGGACUGAAGGUUUUCAUCAAAAGGACAAAAGCAGCAUUGCACCGUAGGGACACAAAGGACCAGUCUUUUCAUAAGUGUGUGUAGCUUUCCAACAUAUGUGGAAGAAGGGCAGAGCUUGGGUGACAACCAGACCACACUGCUUUUGUCAUUUGCCUCCAGCCCCAAGCACCAAUAAAUGGAAGCAAGGCCUUUGUGGUUUAAGUAUAUUAACAAUGCAGAUGAUUCUUCUUUGUGCUGUACAUUGUCUUUGUGAUGCAUGGCAUAUUCCUUCCUCCCCUGGCCGUCUUGAAAUUCAGAGCACUUUAAGCAAACAAACAAUAGUCAUUGCUGUCCCUGGGGAGAGACUUAAUUUUCCCCAAAAGACUAUUGCCCUCUUAAAUUCUGUCAAAUUCUUGACCGUUAGUAGCCUAAAAUUGUGGUGAAAUUUAAAAAUGUUAGUAGAGCCAUAUCCUCCAAAGAAAACCAGGGCCUUUUAGGGAAUGAAUUGCUGCUAUUAUUGUUAUUUACAGCAGGAAUAUAAUUUGUAUUUAUCAACUAUGUGUGUAAAAUUUUAAAAACAAUAGGCUUCUUCCUAGAAUUUUGCUAAAAUUCUCCAUAAAAGUCUCUCUUUGUUGGGGGAGAGAAAUCGGAGACUUUCACGAGCACAGAAUGAUUCCAGAUUCAGAGAGGUUUUAUUUUAUUUAUUUAUCAAAUCUGGAUCCCACCCAUCUCACUGUCAAGUGAGCAUUUGUAGCCUGUUCAUCCCAGUCUUGGUGAUGACGGGCCUACUUCUCCAGAAAAAUGGUAAGACACUGUUUAUAGUGCUGCUGGGAGAAUAGAAAGGAUAACUUGGUAAAACUAAAUUACAGAGUUCUAAUUAUUAUUUAUUUUUUCAAUGACUGUGACCUUAUGCACUGUGAAUGCUUUUGUGAUAUGGGGUUCUUUGUACAGAUCUAUAUGUCAUAUUGAAAAACUGAAAUGUGAUAAUUUAUUAGACAAUAUUGGCAUGAAUAUUGAUUAUUUUUAUUGCGAGAAGAAGGGACAGAACCAAGUAGUUACUGUAAACAGAAGAUUUAUAUUUAAAAUAAUAAACCUAGCAGUCAGUAUUGCCAGGAGAAAGAAAAAGAGAUACAUAUAUACUUAUGUACACCGUUAAUAAAAUGUAUAGAAACAACA